CUGGUCUAAGCCACAGCAGGUCAACACAUUCAGAGAGGCGGGCCUAUGAGCUGAGAGCUCCACCGACCUGCUCCCUGUUCCCGAUUUCACCGAUGAGGAGCUGACUUUGACACACCGACAUGGUGACACGUGGAUUCUUGAGGGUGAGAGCACCCACCACCGGCCACCACCUCCACCACCGGGCGGAUUAACAGCCCCCCGUCGCAUGGGGUGUGUUCCGUGUCGUGCGUCUUCGCGCUCCGUCUCUCUCCAGGAGCCCCGGCGAUGCGCUCUUUAAAAGGAAAACGGUGUUCCGCAGAGACAUCCGGAAAAAAAACGCAUCCAUGCAGCCAUCCCGACAUGCCUCUGACAACACAAAGCCCGGUUUCGAGUCUCCUCCGGUACGGAACCACCUCACAUGCAGAUCGGCAUGGGUGCGUCAACGCGGUUAUUUCGUUGUGAUAUGCGGUUGAGGCUUCGGAGCGCAGUUGUGCAAUGAGACUAACCGGAAUUAUCAAGUAGGACUUUAUUGAUAUAGGCUACACAAUCCCGACAAUAUGGCUGAUCAGAGCAACAUCCAGUCCUCCGCCUCCAAGAGUAUCAGGCCCUUUAAAUCCAGUGAGGAGUACCUGUACGCCAUGAAGGAGGAUCUGGCCGAGUGGCUGAACACCCUGUACGACCUGGAUGUCUCCGCGGACACCUUCAUGGACGGGCUGGGGACCGGCUGUGCUCUGUGUCGGCACGCCAACAACGUGAACCGGGCCGCGCAGGACUUCCAGCUGGAGUACCCGGAGGCUGCUCGCUCCAUGAAGCUGCCGUCCAAAGAUGUCGUCUUCCAGUCGCGCAAUGUCAUCCCGGGCUCGUUCCUGGCGCGGGAUAACGUGUCCAACUUCAUCAGCUGGUGCAGGCAGGAGCUCUGGAUCAAGGACGUGCUCAUGUUCGAGACCAACGACCUGGUGGAGAGGUGCAACGAGAAGAACUUCGUCCUGUGUCUGCUCGAGGUGGCCCGACGCGGCUCCAAGUUCGGCAUGCUGGCCCCCAUGUUGAUCCAGCUGGAGGAGGAGAUCGAGGAGGAGAUCCGGGACCAGGAGAGCUCGCGGAUCGAUGUAGGGGAGCCCGCGGAGCAGAGCCCGCCCAGCAGGUGCUACAGCAGGAAGGAGAGCAGUCACAGUGUGCAGGACGAGGAGGAGGAACCGGAUCCAGAGCCCUUCAUCUGGCCUCAGAAGAGAGUUUUGUGUGACAUGCGGAAUUUGGAUGAGUUGGUGCGAGAGAUUCUGGGACGCUGUUCCUGUCCAGCUCAGUUUCCCAUGAUCAAGGUGUCAGAGGGGAAGUACAAAGUGGGAGACUCCAGUGCACUGAUCUUCAUACGGGUCCUCCGUACUCAUGUGAUGGUGCGUGUCGGAGGGGGCUGGGACACAUUAGAGCACUAUUUGGACAAGCAUGACCCGUGUCGCUGCGCUGCUUUCGCCCAUCGAUACCACCAGGCUAAAGCCAGCGGUCAGGGUCAGGGCGCCCACAGCAAGUCAUCGAGCGCCCACUCCUCCCGCUCCACCAGCCCCGGUCCACACUGGAGAAACGAAGGCAUCGCACCUUACAAACCCACGGCUCCGAACGCGGCUCCUUCUUCUUCCUCCGCCUCCUCCUCCGCCGCACGGCCCGGCCGCUCCCAGAAUCCCUCGGCCCCCUCAGAGCCGGACUCCGGCGCGGUCCGCCCUCUGCUCCCACGGCCGCCACGGGACCGCUCAGAACCCCGACACUUUAAUCCUCUCAGGAAUAAGGAGACGAUGUUACCCUUGACAAGACGCCUGUCUGGAGACAGUGACUCGUCUACAGCGUCCUCCAAAGGAGGAGGAAGCGGAGGGGGGCGGCACUCUCUCGGUGUAGCGUCACGGCGCUCCGGGGAAGAGGUCGUCCUGAUGGUCAAUCGGAAGGAGGGGAAACAUUUGAUCGAGCGGCCCGCAGCUGGAAAUCCGUCCCCGUCCGCACGCACCUCGCUGCCUCGUGCACGGAGCCAGUCGCGGGAACGCUCUGCGCUCGCUCCCAUUAUCAAACCGAACCCGCCGCAGGGGUCCUCUGACGGGUCGAGGACGUCCCGCACCGAGAGGGGCCGCUCCCUGGGGAACGACGGGCUCCGGAGGCUGCACGCGCCACGCUCCCACAGUCAGAGUAAAGUGUCCAGCCGUACGCGGUCCAGCGACGCCAGUCCAGGACCGGCUCCCUGCUACAGAGAGCCUCAGCCCCCGCACCCGGACAGACGAGAGGAGCUGCGAGCCAAACAAGCGCCCCAGUCCUCGCCUCGAGUGGGCGCCGGCUUCGCUAAGAGACAGUCGUCCUCGUGCUCUAACUCGCCCGUUAAAGGGAUUCAAAACAGCGCCAGCAGCCCCAGCAAGAAGACCAUAACGACCCCCAGACCUCCUGCCCCUCGAUCCCCCUCCGUCGGAAAGGGCCGACUGCUUCCCCCGGUCAACUCAGGAGGUCGACGAUCACCGCACUCAUCUCCUCGCAAUGCUCACCACCACGCCAUCCGCCCCCCUCGGGCGUCGCAGGGGCCGCGCUCUGCCGGCCGAGGUCACCACAGGAACUGGUCUGGCCAGGAGCGGCAGGAGCCCGAAGAGGAUGGACUUGGACUCGGCUUCCAGAUGCUGCCGGCUCUAGACCCCCAGAAGGAGCAGGACCUGUAUCGCAGCUUUGAGGCCGAGUUUCUGGCCAACACACAGCAGGUUAAAGGGGCGGUUCAUAGACCCCGAGGAGGAGCGACCCUGCAGGGUGCCGGGACUCGUUUGCUGCCGGCGCCCGCUGAUCCCAACGUGACCGACUCGGCUUACUCCUCCUCCAACUCCUCCUCCUCCUCCCUGAACGUCGGGGCGAAGAUAGGAACUCUGCCUGAACUCAGGGAAUCCAAGAGGACUCACCCCCGUCACAUCCAACUGGACGACCCCUUAAAUCUACUUUACGGACAAAACCAGGGAGGAGGAGCGCCCAACUUCGGUCAUCAGGGAGAGCCUGAGCACUGGGGGGAGAGAGGAGGGGGGCUCAAGAAGCUCCCGGCCAUCUCCAGCUCCCUAGAAGAGCAGGAGCUUCCGUCUUCCCCGCCCGUUGUUGAAGACACAGAAUCAGACGUGUUGAUGAAUCCGCUCCCCUCGCAGCCCGCUUUCCACUGUCGGAACAUGAACGGAGACCACGGGGGGCUGACGGGUCAGCGGGGCUGGGGGCCCGAGGGAGAUGUUCCUCUGGAGAAUCACCAGCCCAACUUACCGUAUGAACUAGAAAACGGGGACAACAAUGACGACCUCCCGCCCCCGGAGGCCUGUCCGUCACCUGUGGCCCUCCCCCCCUCUGAGGACUGCUCCUUCCAGGACUCAUCGAGUGAGAACUCCUCCAUGUGCUUCAGCCUGAGCGAAUCCCACUCCGAGUCCCCCCCGCCGGCGUCGCCCAUGACUAACGGGGGUGGCAGCGCAGAGGUGCAGACCAGGAGGGGGCAAAAGAAGGCCGACAGGGCGGACCCCAUCUCCAAGAACAAACUGAGGGACAGGAUCAGACCUCGCACUGACAACAGGCCGGAGAACAGCCCCUCGCGUAUCCCCACCCCGCGCAGCUACAGAGACACACUGUCCCCCUGCCAGACCCCGCCCAUGUCCCCUCAGAGCUUGCGAUCCAUUGGUCGCCCAACCACGUACAAGAACAUGCACCAAGCCUUCGCAGAUUUGAUCCAAACUCAACCGUGCUCCCCGUCUAUGGGGAACAAAGACUGCUCCUACCCGGGACAGUCGGCGAGUCUGGACUCUGAAGCUUGGAUGUAGCACAUGUUGAACAGCGGGUGUUAUCAAGAACUUUUGACUACUGUGUAAAAAAAAAAAAAGAGACUUAAGACUGGGCUAUAGACUGUUCUCACUGCAUGUCUAACACUCCUUUCUUUUUCACAUAGCUCCUCCCCCUGCAGGGGUUCACAUUGCUUUUAUUUUGCACUCAAGCCAAACUAUUUAUUACCAAAGGAAUGGUCUUUAUUAUUACUUUUACUGUCAUUUUAACGUGUGCAUGGGGAUGCUUUUGCCAAUCAUUACGGUUUAUUGUUUUUUGCAAGACACUUGGGAAGUUCUCAUGGUUGAUACAGAGAUAGAGGGAGAGCAUAUGUGCUGCCAUGUGCCCCACUUGAGGGGGCAUGGUGAAGUGCCAGGGAUCUAAAGCUGCGACACGAGAGUAAACACUAAACCUCCAGUCAGGAGGGAUGGCUCCCUCUAGUGGUGUGCCACAGUAUCUCUGCUUGCCUUGAUAGUCUAAAUACUGUGAUGUUCUCAGUCUUUGGACGUUAGUGGUCUUCAUAUAUGACUCAUAUCUACAAUAUACUCAGACAACAUAGACAGAGGUUCAUAAACACUUCACCGCUCUUUGUACAGAUAUCUGCUGUUACUAAUGUCUCAUCCCACCUUUAUCACAGCACUUAAUAUAGCCAUGAAAGGUAACUUUUUCUUUGAGAUUGCUUUAGGUGUUACAGGUUUUUAAAUAUUAUGUUUUCAGGCGGUUAAACAUCUUCUGACUUUUAAGUGGAUUUUAAAAUGUAAGGAGCAGUGGAGGUUGUGUUGCUUUGUGUCACUGUCACUGAAACAGAAAUGCUGUUGAGCACUCUUUCCUCUGACCAAACUGUCCUCUGGAUGCUUCAUAAUAUUCAUGUACAAAAGUGAAGAGAAUGAAUGUGUAAAUACACGUCGAUGUGCUCGCUGAUAUGAGUGAGUGUUAUGUAUAUAGAAGGCAUUGGAAAAUACAUUUUAAUGUACAUAUUCACUGUUCUGUGCGGCCUUAGCUAUGCAAUAUUGGUAUUUGAAAUGCCUUGACAAUUCCCUUUGCCUUAAAACGUAUUCGCAGGUUAGUUUUUUGAAUGUUUCUGCUCAACAUCGCUAAUGUGGGGGAAAAAAAAGUGAGGAUUAUUGCCAACUUGAUUUUAAAUUACACUUGAUGUAUGUGACAAUUCAUGCUUAAGACUUUACAUUAACGCCUGGUAACCUUCCCGGCAGAUGGAUUUUUUUUAAGACACGGCACAGUCUGUGGUGCCAUCUAGUGGCUAAAGUGAGAAUUGUUGUUUCACAAGGGGGAAAAAACAGAGUUUUGCCCUUUCUUCCAGAAAGUUUUGAAUGCUCGCUGCUGAUUAAAGCAAAUAGAGCCAAUAACAUUGAUUUUAAUCGUUGUCAAAAUGUUUAACACUUCCAUACUUUUCGAUACCACUUGUUUUAAAACGUCACAAACGCCAAAAUGUUUAUGAUCGAUAGUAUCCAAAACUCUGGAUCUUCAGUCAUAAUUUUAACUGAAAGCUGCUCGAGCUAAAGAGAGAGAGAGCACUGUGGAAACUGCAGAUAUGCGUUGGCAACGUUUUGUUACCAACGUAUUUGUGCAGUUGAGACAGUGUGCAGCAGUUUGUCUGAUUUAUGAGGGAAUGACCAAAUAUUAGGUGCCUAAAGGACUUGUACCGUUUUUGCCGUGGUAUCGAAAAAGGUGUUGACAUCUUGAGUUUCUUCCUGUGUGCAGCACGGCAUAAAUAAUAGACACUGUAACUGGAUAUUAUUACAAAACUCUUGUUAAAUCUAUAGAGGUCAGAUCCUUACCGGUACAGUGUGUUUGUGGUAGUCAACAAGUGUGGACUUUAAUUUAAUUGAAAGUGGGAUCAUGGGAAUUGUAGUGUAGUGUUGGUGCCCUGCAAAAACUUUUUAGCAUGCAAAAGAAAAAAAUGUUGUCAAUCAAUCAAUCGAGAGAAGUUUGUGGAGUUUUUGUAACAUCUUCUUUUGCAGGGCACCGACACAAUGAAAAGGCAAGAAAAAAAAAAGAGUGUGCAUAUAGUUGUGUACAUACUGUCUGAGGAUAUGUACAGAGUGAGAGUGAAGACGGGGUCGAGGUUGGGCUAAUUUAUUUAUUUAAGAAACGGUAUCUCUUUGGACUCUAAUGACAUCUGUCUCCCCGGUGCAGAGAAGUGAGCUGUAAGUGUGUGUAGGGAAGAAGUGGGGAUCAUCUCAACGGUUUACUGUAAAGUACGGAAGCCCUAAGUGGACAAACAUACAUGCAUUUUACUUUUACUCCUUUUUUUUCCCUCUGAUAACGAGUCAUUUUUCCAUCUGUUUUCUCCAUCUCUCAACUUAUUUAUGUAGUCAUCUCGAGAUAACAGCGCUGUGAAAAAGAGCUAAUUUCUCAAGAUCUCAAGAAAGCGUGAAUAAGUGGAGAUCUUGAUAAAACAACCGAAAUGUUCUCUUUCAUCAAGUGAAAUCGGAGUGAAAUAAAAUGUAUAGAUGCAUGUCCUCUCAGGGCUUCCUUAGUAAAGAGAAACAAUCCUUAAAAAAAGGAUUACCCUGGAGACAAACCCAACAUAAUUGGGAUUUUCUGCAAUAUUCAGAUAUGAGAUUAUUUGAUUAAAUUUUGACUCCUAAAUUCUACAAAGUAUUUAUAAUAUAUCCGUGUUUUAGGGUUACACUGACUCGAUGUGUGGCUGGUUAUGAGUUUCACUUGUAUUAACAGAUGUUUAAAUGUGUUCUGAUUGUUUUAAAGUUGAACUUGUUUGGGCUUUUUUUUUCCGAUACAGCUGUGUUUUGAUCAGCUGUUGUCUCAAACGGAGGUGAUCUGUAACAUGUCGUCACGUUUAGUGUCACAGUGAAAGAGUGAUUGUCUAUCACUCAGCCUGCUCUUUGUUCAGCACAACUUUGAACAUUUCAAGGAACUCUCUCUCUCCCUCUCUCCUUCUCUCUGUCCCUAAUCAACGAAAAUCUGAAUGUUCACGAUCAGACAAUUCAUUGUUCGCUAAUGUCACUAUAAAACUUCAGUUUAAUGUACAGGUUGCUUGACAUUGUAAAAUUUGUAUGAAACAGCAAUACUGCAACAUUUCACUGUUUUUCUUUUGGAGUUGGAAAUGCCGUCAAGUUGUUCUUGUAAUAAAAAUGUUCCUCUGAA